UUUUUUUUUUUUUUUUUUUAUGUUUUUUUUUUUUUUUUUUUUUUUUUUUUUUUUUUUUUUUUCUCCACAACUCCCACUCUUUGAAUACAACCGCGCACAUUUAUCACAAUGGCGCCUACGAGAACUGCGCGCACGGCCGCCGCGAAAGAAAAUGGCACAGCAGCCGAAACAGCAGCUGCAGCUGAUGGAACUCCCGUGAAGCGUGGCCGCGGUCGCCCCCCGAAGAACGGCAUUGCGCCUCAAGCUAAGAAAGCUCCCUCGGGUCGCCCUCGUGGCCGCCCUCCCGGAACCGGCGGUGGUGUCAAGAAGGCCGCAAAGGCUACCCCCGCGAAGGCUGCUGGUACCAGCGGCCCUGGCCGCCGUGGACGUCCUCGCAAGAGCGACGCAGACGCCACUACGACACCGAAGAAAGGUGCGACUCCCAAGUCCGCGUCCAAGACCUCUAGUACCGGCAAGGGACGCGGUCGACCGCGCAAGAGCGAUGUCUCCCCCGUUGAGGAGCCUGAAGAAGAUGAGGACGCUGAGCACAAUGAUGAUGAUGAAGACGACGCAAAUGAGGACAUCGCGAUGGAGUACGAGGCUGAUGAAAAUGACGCCGAGGAUGACGACGCCGCUCCUCAAGAGGUAAGAUCGCCCUAUUCUCUUCUUCCCCUGUGCACUUAUAUAUCCCAGCCUUUGAUAUACCAAUAACUUACUAAUCCCGGCUAUACAGGAGGAUUAGGGCACCGAAAUC